AUGGCUCCCAGGACAGGUGCUGAGGCUCCACUUGGAUCUGGGCCCUGUUUGGGGGUUGAAUGCCAAGCUGGCCACCCAACCUUAGUUCUGAUGCUCUUUGUCAGUGUCCUGGUGACGUGGCUUGAGGCUGCUACACUCACUGGGGGGUUCUAGGCCCCCUGGAACAUCUCCCACCCAUUCAAUGUGCAAAGGCUGGGUGCUGGACUCCAGACUGCCAUGGACAAGAUCAACUCUGAGCUGGCAGACUUCGGACAUAUCAGCUGGGAGUUUACUUACACCAACUCAACCUGCAGCGCCAAGGAGUCUCUUGCUCUUUUCAUCAACCAGGUCCAGAAAGAAGAAAUUUCUGCCCUGUUUGGACCAGCAUGCCCAGAAGCAGCAGAGGUUAUUGGUUUGCUGGUCCCCAUGUUUGACUUUGUUGGACAAACAGCAAAACUGGAGAACUUCUUGUAUGACACCUAUGUGAAACUUGUGCCACGCAUACACAGAGUUGGUGAUGUGCUCCAGAAAAGCCUCCAGUACCUGGGCUGGAAACACAUUGGGGUGUUUGGAGGUCACUCUGGGACUUCCUCCUGCGAUGGAGUGGAUGAGUUGUGGAGGGUUGUAGGGAAUGAACUCAAAUCCCAUUUCACCAUCACCGCCAGCAUGAAAUACACCAACAAAAAUCCAGCCUUCCUUCAAGAGAAUCUUAGGAGCCUGUCAUUGAUUUCCAGGGUUCUUAUCUUAAUCUGCAGCUCAGAAGAUGCAAAACAUAUCCUGCUGGCUGCAGAGAACCUGGGACUCCACACAGGAGAAUUCGUCUUUAUCAUUUUGCAGCAGCUGGAGGACAGUUUUUGGAAGGAGGUAUUGACAAAUCAGAAGGUGAUGCACUUUCCCUCAGUCUACAAGUCAGUGUUUCUCAUAGCCCUCAGCUCCUCCCGAGAUGGCCCUGGAGAUGAAGGCUUCCGAGAGCUGGUCCACCGAAGGCUGCGGGGGCCGCCCUUCCACGGCCCCCUCCACAUGCUGGAGCAGGUGAGCCCUUACUCUGCUUACUUUCACGAUGCAGUCCUGCUGUAUGCUGAGACCGUGAAGGAGAUGAUAACGGCCAGAAGGGAUUUCUGGGCUGGGCGGCAGUUCGUCAUCACUCUGAAAGGCUCCAAUCAGACUGCUUUGCAGGGAAUCACCGGCCCCGUGUUUGUGGACUCCCAGGGAGAAAGACGCAUGGAUUGCUGGGUCUAUGACCUACAGAAAUCCCCAAACGGGUCCCUCUUUCUUCCUUUUCUCCAUUAUGACAGCUAUCAGGACGUCAUCAGACCCAUGGGGGAUUUCUCCACGGUUCCCUUCCUGAAGACGGACGUGGCUGUGGAUUUUCCAAUGAGCUCUGUGAAACUGAGCCUGCUUUUGCAGAUCAGUGUGACUGCUGUGAUUUUCACCGUAACCCUCCUGAUUACCAACCUGGGGGCUGUCAUCAUAGGUCUGAUUUUAAGGACACAGAGGGGGAAACUGCAGAGGCAAAAUAAAGGUCUUUGGCGGCAAAUAAAUUAUGAUGACAUCACCAUUCUGUCCCAGAACAAGCCAUCCCGGAGAGGCACACCUGUGUCGAGAGGGAACAACAGUAACUCAUCUAGUGUGACGAUUUCUGGGGACUUCAGCUCCUUUGUUGAGAACCAGCAGGGCAAAGAGCUCUUUUAUGCCCCAGUAGGGCUUUACCGGGGAAACCAUGUGGCCAUCUGUGAUGUCGGUGACCAAGAGCAAGCCUGGGUCAGGAAGCCGUCUGUGCUGCAGGAAAUCCGGCUGGGGAGGCCCCUAAUGUAUGAAUUAAGGCAUGAAAACAUUGUUCCCUUCUUUGGUAUUUGCACAGAAUCACCCAACAUCUGCAUUGUCACCCAGUAUUGCAAAAGAGGAAGCCUUAAGGAUGUUUUGAGAAACUCAGGCAAUGAAAUUGAUUGGAUAUUCAAGCUCUCAUUUGCAUAUGACAGAGUCAACAUGAUGAAGUGUGCUAAAUGGCACAAAGCUCAGACAUUUAGCUACCGAAACCCCAAAUGGAUUUCAGAAAUCAUCAGCCAAAUCAAGGACCCCAGGGCAUCAGUGCCACUUUGACCUUCCCUGUCAGAAGAGAAGGGAAGUGAAAAGAUGGUGGUCAUGGUGAAGGCAUGUUGGGAUGAAUCUCCAGAGAAAAGGCCCACUUUCCCUUCCAUCAAGAAAAUGUUAUGGGAAGCCAGUCCCGGAGGCCACGUGAAUGUACUAGGCCGUAGGGUGAGCAAGCUGAAAGUGUACACCAAUCACCUGGAGGAGGUGGUGGAAGAGAGGACCAACUAGCUGAUGGCCGAGAAGAGGAAAGUGGAUCAGCUUCUGUCCACAAUGCUGCCCAGCUUCACUGGAGAACAGCUCAUAGCUGGAAGAGCCAUGGAACCAGAGCAUUUUCAGUCCAUGACAAUCUUUUUUGCUGACAUUGUUGGAUUCACAAAACUCUGUUCUCUCAGCUCCCCGCUGCAACUUGUGCAGCUCCUUAAGGACCUGUACAGUUUAUUUGAUCACAUCAUUAAAACUUAUGAUGUGUAUAAGGUUGAAACCAUUGGAGAUGCAUACAUGGUGGCUAGCGGACUUCCCGUCCGGAAUGGUACCCAACACGUGGACGAGAUUGCCACGACGUCCUUGUACUUUCUCAGUACCACCAUCCACUUCCAGGUUGGGCACAUGCCUGAGGAAAAGCUUAAGCUCUGGAUUGGCCUCCACACUGGUCCCAUGGUGGCUGGCGUGGUCGGAAUCACCAUGCCCAGAUACUGUCUGUUUGGAGACUCUGUGAACAUGGCAUCCAGAAUGGAAAGUAGCAGUUUGCCUCUCCGGAUUCAGGUCUCUCAGAGCACUGCAGGCGCCCUGCUGUCGUUGAGAGGGUGUGAUUUGCAAAAGAGAGGCACCAUUCCAGUCAAGGGCAAAGGAGAGCCAACAACCUUCUGGUUGAAGGGCAAAGAAGGCUUCACGAUCCCUCUCCCCGAAUUUACUGAGGAUGAAGCUAAAGUCCCAGAGAUCUUCCGAGUUGAGUAUUUUCUUCAAAGGUGUUUGUGGGGUCCCAGGAAAGUCCAUGGGUUGUCUUAA